AUGACCACUGUCGCCACUGCAUGGGUCAGCAGUCAUGGCCCUGAUAUCGUCGUUCCAGGAUCAACUGAUAUAAUCACCUCAAGCUUACCAACUUCGACCGCUGCGCCAUCUUCGAAGUCUCCUCUGAGCAUCGUGGAGUUGGUCGGCGUCGUGAUCGAGACAGUGAAGAGACCUCUCACUCGUGUUAUGAGUCCACCACCGCAUUACAGCGACUACUGGAAGGGAGAGAAUGAAGAUUAUGAGGUGGGAGUCAGAGGCACUGGAGGUGAGCCCUCUGGAUCACAGUAUUACGAACCUCACUACAGUGAUCCCAAGGAGCCUUCGCCUUACACUUUGUCUCAUGACAGUGAAAAGAACCCCCAAUUUAGUCUCCUCGUGGCUGGCACAGCGCUGGCGACAUCCUAUCCUGUUAUAGCGAGUUGCACAGAUAGAUUUGGAUAUGUUUCUAAAGCUGGUUGCGAUGCGACGCCAGAAUGGAAUAUGCCAUACUUUCCAGAAGACGACUCAAUAGCAGCAGAUAUCCUAGAAGAUGACACGAGAGUAGCCGGUGUCCCAGGUCCCGAAACCAUCGAUACUCCUUCAAGAAGGGCAAAACCUGAGAUCCCAGAGCCCAAGCCAGUUUUCCCUGAUAUUCCUGAAUGGAGCGCUCGCUUUCUUGAAUCUACAUCUGCAACUACAACUACCAUAACUACGACUGCCGACAUUCCCACCGUUAUCUUCCCAUCUAUUGUUCCACCGACUCAGACAUCUGUACGUGUUCCGUCAGUCUUCAUCACCAGGACAGCAGCGUCGCCGCAGUGGUCAACUCUACCAGACCCUGAUGAAAACAGUUCUGCAACAGAAUCAAGUCAGUCGACGACAAUCUCACAGCCGCAGCCAACUACAACAGUUUCUGGUCCUCCAAAGGUAACUGCAACAGCGACACCUGAGCAGUCUCAUUCUUGGAUAGGCGCCACAGUAGGUGCCAUCGUAGGAGGUCUGGCGUUCCUGAUUCUCGCCUACUUCAUCGUGUUCUACGCCUGCCGACGCUAUCGAAAGAAGAAGGACGAAGAUCCCGCGCCUCGACCAGAAAUCGUCCAUCCUUUCAGGAAUGUGCAGGUCUCCCCUCCGAGACCUCAACGGCCUGCAGUUUCCGUAUACACUGACCCCAGGACCGCUGUAUAUCGCAACCAAACGAUCCCUGAGCAACAGGACAUUACAGAUGCCGUGGAAAGGGACCAAGCGACUCCUGUGCCCCAGGACCCUUGGGCUCCUGUCCAGCGAGACGCUAUUUCACGUCAGAGCGUGUCGUACUUCAAUACCGACAGUCCAUCUCUCCGCGGAGAUCGACGUAGUGCAUGGGGAGAAGCAUUCCGGGCGUGGAUGAGAGUACCUGAUCGGGCCUCUCGAAAUAAUGAAGACAUGAGUGAGAUUGGCCAGCCAGCGGGGACAUACCCUGCUCUUAUCAAUAGCCCUGCGCCCCCCUCUGCUUAUUCUGAGAGUCUAUAUAGUCAGAAUGGGCCACCGGUGAGGCCACAUAGCUCUCGCCCGCUUGGUGGUAACUGGAUUUGA